CUCCGGAACCCGGGGGGACGGUGUUUGUUGGAGGGCUUGUGAGUGGAAAAGAUGAUGCCUGGUAGGAUGGAGCGACACGGACGAAUUGCGUCUGUCAAAUCUGCCAAAACAUAAAAAGGACUGUGACUGUAAUCUCUGUGUUUUGGUCCGCAGUCACGCUAGUUACUCUUUUCAUCAAAUCCGACGGUGGUGGCUUCAUUUAUUUCCUUUUGCGUAGACGAAUAAGUGAAGCUAGCUACCUCGCGCUAUUCUUGGGUAACAGCAGCCGAAUGUCGGCGGACUGACCUGCCACAGGCUCGGGCAGCUGGGAAGUGUUGGGGUCGGCGAGUAGAGACUUGAUCGAUCUCGAAUUGGGGAAUGUUAUCCGUACUUUCCUAUGGCAGGAUUGUUGCCAGGGCUGUCCUGGGCGGACUCUCCCAAACUGAUGGUCGGGAUUACAGCCUCAUCACGGCUAGUUGUGGAUUCGGGAAGGACUUUCGGAAGGGGAUCUUGAAGAAAGGGAUGUGCUAUGGUGAUGAUGCCUGCUUCAUUGCUCGACACAAAUCUGUUGAUGUUUUGGGAGUGGCGGACGGCGUGGGCGGCUGGCGGGACUAUGGCGUGGACCCGUCGCAGUUCUCGGCCACGCUGAUGCGCACGUGCGAGCGGCUGGUGAAGGAGGGCCGCUUCGUGCCCAGCAACCCCGUGGGCAUCCUCAACUCCGCCUACUACGAACUGCUGCAGAACAAAGUGCCCCUGCUCGGCAGCAGCACGGCGUGCAUCGUGAUGCUGGAUAGGCGGAGCCACCGGCUGCACACCUGUAACCUGGGCGACUCGGGCUUCCUGGUGGUGCGCGGGGGCGAGGUGGUGCACCGCUCUGACGAGCAGCAGCACUACUUCAACACCCCCUUCCAGCUCUCCAUCGCCCCGCCCGGCGCAGAGGGGGUGGUGCUCAGUGACAGUCCGGAGGCAGCUGACAGCUCGUCUUUCGAUGUUGAGCUGGGUGACAUCAUCUUGACGGCCACCGACGGGCUCUUCGACAACAUGCCCGACUACAUGAUCCUGCAGGAGCUUAAGAAACUCAAGAACACCAACUUGGACAGUAUCCAACAGACGGCCCGCAGCAUUGCGGAGCAGGCCCACCAGCUGGCCUACGACCCCAACUACAUGUCCCCCUUCGCCCAGUUCGCCUGCGACAACGGCCUGAAUGUACGAGGAGGAAAGCCAGACGACAUCACGGUUCUCCUCUCCAUAGUGGCGGAGUACACUGACUGAGACGCCUGAAGCGCCUGUGUGUGUGUACUGUACUUUAUGUCAUGUAUGCCUGCGCGUACGUACGUUUCUGUGUGUGGCAAUUCUCUGUGGUGCUGCUCCACCUCCCAAGGCUCCAAGGUCUUCCGACUGCUCCACCUCCUCCUCCACACCCCCAUCUAGUGACUCUACUCCUGGGGCUUUUCUGGGCCUCUGCUGGGGGUUCCUCUUCUUGGCCGUCACCAUAUAUCCAUCCACACACCCUACCUACUGUGUGUCCUCCUUCUCUCCCUUCCCACUGCAAAUACCGCUGUCACCCCUGGUCACUUCGCUGACACACACAACAAGAGGAAGAGUAGCCUAUGAAAAGUGUCCGACUCGAAAGCCCUGUCUUACUCUGCACCAGACAAUGCAGACACAGGGGGCGCUGCUGGACAAGACAAGGCGAGCAUGCAUUGGAAUGUCCAUCAUCAUAACUAAUUGGAAUCAUCAACUCAACAACAAAGAAAAGAGGGGCACCUGUCCUCACUGUGCCUCAGCAUAUCUGUGAGGUGUGUUUUGUUGUGGCCAGAAUGUGUUUCGAGGGAAGGAUGUUCGGAUGGAGGACUUUCAGACAAAGAAAAGGGCGCCAGUGUCCUCCAAGUAGGGUAUGCCAUUCACUGUAUAGGAACAGGGAGUGUUGUUCUGCAGGGUAUGUGGCCCAAGGUUUUUUUUAUAGGGGUAGCUUAAAUGAAGGAUGUUUUUCUUCUUUAUUGUGCUGACUGCACUGCCGCCACAGAUUGUUCUAGAAUGAUCGGGGGGUCCAGUUUGAUAGCGUGUGUGCUUUUUAUAGUACAGUGGCAGGCGCAUUCAACUGCCUGUUGGUGUCUUGUAUGUUAUGAAUCAGUGUCUCCUCACCGCCAAUAUGAAUCUGGAGCUCAUUCCUCGAAUGAGUUGUCGCUAACCAGUUAGCAACUUAGUAGGUUUCCAAUGGGAAAAUUGCAUUGCAACCAAGUAAGGUGCUAACUUAGUUAGCAACGACGCUGUCGAGAAAUACUGGGGGAGCACUCGUUACC